AUGGCAUCAAAUCCAUACUAUCAACCUCCAUUGCCUCCAAAAGAACCUAUAAAUAAUUAUGAAGAAAACAUUGAGGAACAAACCGAAAAUACCAUUACAAAGACGAUUGAAUUAACAAGAGGGAAUUUGGUGAUAGAUUGUCCUGUACCUGUUCGUGAAUUGUUUUCAGGUGUUCCUUACGAUGAUAAACCAGAAUUUACAAAUGAUUUCAAGGACAGAGGAUACACGCUUCGUCAACCUCCAGGACAGAUAAAACUAUUUAUUGCAAUAACCAUGUAUAACAAUAAGGAAAACACAUGGAAAGAGGUUGUAGUAUGCAUAAUUGCUGAUGGUCGUAGGAAUGUCAGUCAACGUGUUUUAGCUUAUCUAGCAGUCCUUGGUGUUUAUCAAGAUGGCAUUAUGCAAACUAGUGUAAAUGAUAAAGCUGUUAGUGCACAUAUAUUUGAGCAUACGACUCAGAUUGCAAUUGAUCCUUCUAUGAACAUAAAAACUGCAAAUGAUGGAAUCGUACCUGUUCAAAUUCUCUUUUGCCUUAAAGAAGAAAAUAAGAAAAAAAUCAAUUCUCAUCGCGUUUGCGGAGAAAUAGUCGCCACGAAAGGCAAAGGAUGCAUUAAGUUAUUAAACCCAAUUGUGGGUGCCCAAAAUUUUGAAUAUAAAAUGUCCAAUAUUUUGGAUAAACCAUUUGAGUCUGUAUUUGGUUAUGUUACCGUUUUACCAGGUGCUUUCUCCGCUUAUAGAUAUGUUGCCCUUCAAAAUACUAAAAGUGGCGAAGAACAACGUGAAGAAGGACCUCUUGCAUCUUAUUUCAAAUUUGAAAAAGACAAUGAAAACGAAAAUGCUCCUGUUGAAAGUAUCCUCACUGCAAAUAUGUAUCUUGCUGAAGAUCGUAUUCUUUGCUUUGAAUUGGUUACAAAACGUCAUUGUUCCUGGCUUUUGCGCUACAUAAAGUAUUCUCAAGCUGAAACGGACAUACCUGAAGAUCUACCCGAAUUAAUCAGCCAACGAAGGCUUCGCGCAAAUAAUGCCAUUUUUGUGCAAGAUGAAACGGGAAUUAUUAAAGCACAAGUUACAGUCCCUGAUGAGAAUAUUGUUAGACGAGCACAUAAUGAAGCUUAUAAUGAAAUACGUAGAAAAGAGUAUGAGGUAAAGCGAAAGAGCAGAAAAGACAAACAAGAAGAUUCUCAAAAAGCUUUUCGAACAUUGGUUUUGUUUUUAUGGAUUUUUACCAAUGCUUUAUUAAUAAUUGCUAUCAGAGGUGAUAUUUUGGAGCAAAUUAUGUAUAGAGAAACACCUCAUGAAGAAAUACCUCAUGAAGGAACACAUGAAAUACCUCAUGAAAGGGUACAUGAAGUAAAUCAAGAUUCAAGAUUUAAAGCUUAUGUGAUAUUUAUUUUCUGGUCUGUCACUGGACUAACCGCUUUUAGAUUUUUGGGUAACUUUGCAUAUAUAAUUUCUAGAUUUGUUUCUAGUUUAUUGUGUUGUUUUUAA